AUGCUUUUCUCUUGGCUGAUCAUAGCUGGCUUGGUCGCCCGGCAGUCAUAUGGAAUAGCUCUGCCGGAAUUUGCAAACCCGCACCUCGGAGCGGCCCGUCUUGGAGCUGUUGCAAGCGAGAGCUCCAUCUGCAGUCAAUCUGGGACCAAAAUUUUGCAAAAAGGUGGAAAUGCUGCGGAUGCAAUGAUUGCCACAGUACUUUGCGUGGGUACCGUUGGUAUGCACCAUAGUGGAAUUGGUGGCGGCGGAUUCGCUCUGGUCCACGACAAGGACGGCAGUUUUGAGUUCAUCGAUUUCCGAGAAACUGCCCCAAGUGCAGCUUCACAGGAUAUGUACGAUGUUAACGCCAAUCUUUCUAUAUAUGGCGGUCUUGCGAGCGGUGUACCAGGGCAGCUACGUGGAUUGGAACAUAUUCACGCCAAAUAUGGUGUGCUUCCGUGGAACUCGCUUGUACAGCCGUCGAUUCAACUUGCAAGAUAUGGCUUUCAAGUUACGCAGGAUCUCGUGGCAAAUAUGAUUAAGGCCACUACAGGAACUGAGGAUUUCCUGACGCUGAAUCCUAGCUGGGCAAUUGAUUUCGCUCCAAAUGGCACUCGUCUUGGACUUGGAGAUACUAUGACACGCCGGCGGUACGCUGAUCUACUCGAGGUCAUUGGAAAGCAAGGUGUGGAUGCUUUCUACACUGGCCCUCUCGCGGAAAGUAUGAUCAACGCCAUCCAAUCUGCAAAUGGAACUAUGACUCUUGAGGAUCUUAGGAACUAUACGGUGGCUAUCAGAGGACCGUUGCAAAUUGAUUAUCGUGGCUGGAAGAUUACAAGCACGAGCGCACCAUCCAGUGGCCCAGUUACUCUAAGCACGCUCAAAAUUGUUGAAGGAUAUGACCAUUUCUUCAGUCCCGGAAUGACUAACCUCAGUACCCAUCGAAUGGACGAGGCAAUGAGGUUUGCCUAUGGUCAGCGAACCCUUCUCGGUGAUCCUUCGUUUGUCCAGGGAGUCGAUGAGUAUCAAAAUAGAAUGAUCAGUGAUAACACAAGUCGAGAAAUCUGCUCUCGAAUUUCCGAUUUUCACACCCAAGAUGUCUCGGCAUAUGACCCUGACAACAUUGACAUUAUCAAUACACCAGGGACUUCACAUAUAGUUAGCGCCGAUUACUCGGGAAUGGCCGUGUCGUUGACGACGACUAUCAACCUCGCCUUCGGAAGUCACGUCAUUGUUCCUGAGACAGGUGUCAUCAUGAACAAUGAAAUGAAUGAUUUCAGUAUUCCCAAUGUCGAUAAUGCAUUUGGCUACGUCCCCCAGGCCAGCAACUAUAUCAAGCCCGGCAAGCGACCACUUUCUUCCAUUACACCUACCAUUGUCACUCACCCCAAUGGCACUCUUUACUUUGUGGUAGGGGCAGCAGGUGGCUCUAGAAUCACCACUGCUACGAUCCAGAGUCUCAUUCAUGCUGUAGAUCAGGACAUGCCGCCCCACGAAGCCUUGGCCCAGCCACGUUUGCAUGACCAGCUCAUACCGAAUCAGGUGACUUUUGACUGGGCCUACGACAACCGUACUGUGAAUUACAUGUGCUCCCUUGGACACAAUGUGACGUGGGUGGCUCCAGGUCAGACUCAGGUUCAGGCGUUGCGGCGACUGCCCAACGGUACUUUUGAAGCUGCGGGGGAGCCGCGACAAGCCAACAGUGGUGGGUUUGCGGUAUAA